AUGCAUAAAGAAUUAGUGAAUAUGAUGACUUCACAGGCCAGCUAUGAAGUAAUUACUUUAGAAGACGAUCCACUUUUUGAAAUUGAAUUUAAUAUACAACAAAUUUGUUCUGAUCCGAUGAUAAUUUAG